GUUAAAAUGAUGAUAUUUAGACUAUACAUAACUCUUUUUCUUUACACAAAAUGUGCAAUUUCCUUAGACCCUUUAGAGUUGCAUUGCAAUUUUUCUAAACAUUUGUUUAAAUAUUUCAAGUACGGUGAAAAAUAUUUAUUUAACUUCGAAAAUAACAUUUCUGAACUUGAAUUGAGAAAUUAUGGAACAGCAGUAAAAUCUCAUGGUGAAAUUGUUAUGAUCAUGUUAGAUUCAUUACGAGAAAUGGACGAGAAGUAUAUCGCAGCGGAUAUAAUGUCAGUUAAUUUAUAUUUGAACAACGUUUCGGGAUCUAUAAAUAUGAUUGGUAAAGACGAAAAUGGCAAAUUAAAUAAAUCUAAAAACUCACAAAAUUUACUGAAAGGCUACAAAAUUCUACAACGUUCAAUAGUAGAAAGAUUGGAAUAUUUUAUAAAUGAAAUGUGUUUAAAAGUAUCAGUUCAAAAUGAUUUCAUUUCCCUAACUAAUUUUAAUGAACCAGUAAAAUACAGCUCGACAGUUUUGCUUAAUGAACUUGAGAAACUUAAUAGUAAAAUAAUUAGAAAUAUGAAAGAAUAUUUGACUCUAAGAGAUAUAUUUGUGAUGGAAGAUAAUAAAACAUUUAAAAAUUAUUGUGACAUAGUAAAACAUUUAGCGUUAGCUUUUGAAAGAAAGUCAUACAAUAAUUUCAAUCCUAAAAAUGUUUUGUUUUAUGAUUUUAUGGAAAAUCGUCCCCCUUUUUUGGAUUUAGAUCUGAUAUCAGAUUGCCAAGCAAAACAAUAUGUUCGAUAUAACAGUGACGAUCAAGUAAAUGAUGUUUUAGACAUUGUUCGAAAUGCCCCGUUAAAACUAAAGAAUAAUAAUAAUCAUCAAAUAAAAUUGUCCGAUAUGUUUCGUUUCAUCAAGUUUGACUUUGACUUUCAAAAUAUACAAGUAUUCAAAAAUAUGUUAAACUUAGCAACAGUUCGCCCAAUUAUGUUGAUUAUACGAUUUUAUUUUUUUUUAGUUCAAAAUUUUGUUUCAAUUUGUAAAUUUCGAGUUAGCGAAUCAAUAACUCUUCUGAAAGAUAAAAUCAUUGAACUGGGUCAACAAAUUAUUAAAAUUAUGAAAUCAUUUAUGGAUUUAAACAUGUAUGAUAAAUUUUUAAAAAGAAGCUUGAGCCGUAUCUUUAUUAAGACAUAUGAAGUUAUAUCAUCAUUUAAAGAACGUAAUGAUUUGGUUACAAAUAGUGAAACGCAAAGUAUAUUAAAAAUUUACUGUACAUACUUGAAAAGAUUUUUUUUGAAUAAUAACUACAGUGAAAAUAUACAUGUCACAGUGUUGAAUAUUAGUAGUAUAUAUAAUAUAGCUACUGAGGAAUUAAAUACAGUUACAUUAUACGUAUCAAAAUUAAAAAGAUAUCAAUAUUGUUUUGAAAUAGCAAAUAAAUUUAUUUUUAAUUCAUUUUUAGAUUGGCGAGGAACUAACAAAACUAUAAAACGAAAUAUUCCUUACAAACUAUUAGGAAAUCAUGAAGACAUAUCUCGACCACUUUUUUUUUCUGGUAUUAAUACAAGUGAUAUAAAAAAACUUAGUCAUAGUUCAAGUGAUGAAAAUGAUCAGAUGAAUAAUGAUGAUGAUAAGGAUUUUGAUGUGACAACUCAGACAUAUUACAAUCCUAAAUAUCUAGUUGAUUAUUUACUUUAUGAGUAAUUUUCAUAAUUUAUUUUCUUUAGAGACGAUUUAAGGAUAAAAUUCACUGUACAUAACACACAAAUACAAUAUAAUGUAAUAUGUUUAUUUAUAUAAUUGGACAAUAAUAAAUAAAAAUUGUAGUUAUCAGUCAAAAAUAUAAAUUAAUCAGCAAAUUCACGUAACUUUUCUCUCUUCGCACUACCCGUUCUAACACUACUCUCCUCAUUCCCCCUACUCCUUCUCAUUUCUUAGAUUCCGCUCCAAUGAUUCGCUUUAUGUGGUUGGCUAAUAAUGAUCCAACUUUCGAAUUAUUUUAAUUAAGUCACGUUUAUGUUUUCUUUUUUUGUGUUAAUUUAUAUCCUGUUUCUAUGUAUAUAUAUAUAUAAAUAUAUAUUUUCUUUUGUUAUUUGUUUCUCAUAAAAAUUUUAUUCUU